AUGGAUGUCUCCAGUCUGCAAACCACUUUGGAACCGAUCUUUGUACACCUCCGACCAAUCGUCGCACAGGUCCCUCAACCCAUCCACGACUUGGCCAUCUCGCUGAUCGGCGCGGACUGCCACCAUGCGCUUGUCCUCGACCUCGACCUCACCAAGGACCCCGCCUGCCUACCACUCGCAAUCUCCAAAGCCCUCGGACUCGCAAUCGUCGGUGCUAGCGCAGUGGUCAAGCUCCCUCAGAUCCUGAAGCUGAUCAACUCGCGCUCCUCCGCCGGUGUCUCCUUCAUUUCGUACGCGUUGGAAACUGCCAGUCUGCUCAUCACCCUCUCCUACGGUGUGCGCAACCAGUUCCCCUUCACCACAUACGGCGAGUCGGCUCUUAUCGCCAUUCAAGAUGUCGCCGUUAGCGUGCUGGUCCUGACCUUCGCCGGCCGGUCUGCCGCCGCCGCCACCUUUGUCGCUCUUAUUGCUGCUAGUGUUUACGCACUGCUUUUCGAUCAGACUCUUGUCGAUGCGCAGACUAUGUCUUACCUGCAGGCUGGUGCGGGAGCUUUGAGCAUUGCUAGCAAGGUCCCUCAAAUUUAUACUAUCUGGCAGGAGGGCGGAACUGGACAGCUGAGCGCAUUCGCGGUCUUCAAUUACCUUGUCGGUUCCCUUUCCCGCAUCUUCACCACUCUUCAGGAAGUCGACGACAAGUUGAUUCUUUACGGAUUCAUGUCGGGUUUCGCAUUGAACGUGAUUCUCGCUGCCCAGAUGGUCUACUACUGGAACAGCCCUGCGCCCAAGCAGAAGGCCCCCCGCAAGUCUGCGGACCCGAUCGCCUCAGGCCAAAGCACUGCGGUGCCCAAGUCAAGCUCGAAGUCGCCCACCACACGGCGCCGCGGUUAG